CUUUGAUCCGCAGUGUCAGCGCAGACAGGUGACCGUGCGAGUCUCGUCGCCGAUCGGUUACUCUGUAAUAAUAAUCAUAAUAAAUAAAUAAUAAUAAUAUUACAACUUGUUCGUAAUUCACUGUGUUAUUAAUUUUUGUGUUUUUUCCAUACAUUAGCAAUAACAAUAUUGUAAUAGUAUUAUUAGUAUUGACAUCUGGGACGGAUGAUAUUUGGUUUUUAUUAUUAUCACUGUUUUUAGUGCGAAUAUCUAUUUCGGUUUUUUUUGUGAUUUUGUUGUAUUCUCGCGCAUUGUGUUGGAUAAUUUGUUAAAGGAUUUCCAUCGGGACAUGUACACGUAGGAUAACAUCGGCACAAUUAUCAAGUGUUUUAACUUUGUCGAAUAUUUAUGGAGGACCAGUGAACCCGAACAAUAAUCACAAUGAGACAGGAAACGCCGCCAAUGGAAACCGACUUGCCGUUCGACUUCAACUCGAUCAAGGAAGAGGAAUUCGACAAGUUUGUCGAUUACAUAGUGUUGGACCAGCCGCCGGAUCCGAACAACCCAAACCGGGCGGAGAGCUCGUUGCCCAGGAACCUGAAGCUAAAGAAGAUCGGCAAAAAGAUCACUGGCGUUAAGAGUGCCAUAUACAUUCCUUUGGGCACGAGGUUCGGCCCGCUGGUGGGUGAGGUGUGCGUCAAGGAGCAUGCGCCCAACGGCAAGAGGAAAUACUUCUGGAGGGUCCAACUUAUGCUAGAGCGAGACAAUGUCUGGCGGAAAAUUCGCCAACAGAUCUACAAAGAGAACAAACCGUUUUACUACAUUAACACAUACGACGAGACCAAAUCAAAUUGGAUGAGGUACGUCAGCGCACCUUACUCGCCUCAAUCUCAAAAUCUCAUUGCUUGUCAGUGCGGGACCGAUAUAUUUUUCUACACGAUACGGCCCAUAUAUCCCAACGAGGAAUUGCUGGUGUGGUACUGUCGCGAAUUCGCCGAAAGGUUAAACUAUCCGUCAAGUGUGGAACAAAUGAUACAGCGCAUGCAAGGAAAAAUGCAACUGUCCACGUCACCCACAUUGCCCAUGCUCGCGGAUGCAACGGACACGGUAUCGUCUUCGUCGACGCCACCCACGCCGCCGCCACAGCCAACGGACGGCGCGGAAGCUGUGCUCAAGACGGCCAAUCGGGUGCACUGGCAGGACGAUGACUUGCGCAACGAAUUCGAUAAGGCUAUGACCAAUAACGCGACGUCCAUGCGCCGUGUACUGAUCAGUCCCAUCAAGGAGUACUCAGACGCCGGCGGCACGGACGUUCUGAGGCUGGACGGACUACGAUUGAGGCCGGUGGACGACGAAGGCAAAGCUCAAGGAUACGCUCAGUCCCAUUCGGUGCGGUCCGACGAAGGGUACCACAGUCACACGUACCACGACGACGCACCGACGCCGCCUGAACAUUUGUCUGAUUCCGAUGACAGUUCCAAUUGCAUAUUGGAUUAUAGCAAAAAAUCGAAAUUGCCUAAGGCCGACGAGGAAGCGGCGGUCGAGGUGGAGACCAACGAGUUCCUUAAAGUGAAAAUCAAGCUGCGCAAAGCGUCGCAGUACCGCAAAGACCCGGAACAGCCGCUCAAGGAACAGACGCCGCCUCCUGUGGUGUCCGUCGAGCCGAUUGUCGUGCGACCGUUGUCUCCAAAACGGUACGCCGAACCGUCUUCGUCUUGCGCUUCAGCCGAUUCCGUUGAGUCGCAGCCCAAGAAACUCAAAUACGACCAGCCCAUCGUCGUUCAACAACCUUCAGUCAUAUACCAGUAUCCAAGGGAUCAGAAAUCGCUGUUGGAAAACUUAUUGCUCCAAACCAAAGAGUCAUCGACGUUUGACCAUCAUCAGUCUGCCGUCGUUAUUCCGCCAAUCUCUGUCAUGUCAUCAUCGUCAUCGCCACCGUUGCCGCUUCAGUCACAACAACAACAACAGCCGCCGGUUAGCACAGUCGAUCAAUCGUACGUGCAACGGUACGUGACGGCGUCGGUCAGCCCCGACUCGUCCACCAAAGGACUAUCGCCCGCGUUGUCGCCGCCCCUGCACCAAAUGCACCGGAGCCCGCCCCCGUCGUUGCUCAUGUACUCGUCACCGGCGGCACAACAACUCUCGUACAUGCCGUAUCAGUCACAUUUGUUCCCCCCGCAAAACGGCAGUGUCGGCGGCGGUUACCAGUGUCACUACCCGAGCAGUCACCCCGUCGAGUCCAGCGCAGGCAGCCCGCCAGCCGGUUCCAUGUCACCGGAUGAUAUAUCACCAUGUGGUAGUCCAGGCAGUUCGGGUAACUCACGCGGUUACCGAUCGCUGCCCUACCCGAUAAGCAAGAAAAACGGUAAAAUGCACUACGAGUGCAACGUAUGCCGCAAGACGUUCGGUCAGUUGUCCAACCUGAAGGUGCACUUGAGGACGCAUUCGGGCGAGAGGCCUUUUAAGUGCAAGACGUGUGGCAAGAGCUUCACGCAGCUAGCCCACCUCCAAAAGCACAAUUACGUCCACACCGGAGAACGCCCACACGAAUGCGACGUGUGUCAAAAGCGUUUUAGCUCCACGUCCAAUCUGAAAACUCACUCGAGACUGCACACCGGCGACAAGCCGUUCGUUUGCGAGAUAUGCUCGUCCACGUUCACCCAGCUGGUGCACCUCAAACUCCACAAGCGUAUCCAUACCAACGAGCGGCCGUUUACUUGCCACUGUUGCCAGAAAUCGUACAUUAGCGCCAGCGGAUUAAGAACUCACUGGAAGACCACUUCAUGCAGGCCACAAUAUCCGGUGGGUAAAGAUGAAAUGGCCGAACAGAGGAACAGUCCGGAAUACCAUCAGACGUACCAUCACGGUGGCGGCGGUUACGCCAACGGCGGCUUGAUGGCCGAACAUGUGGACGACGGCAAUCAAAACAACAACAACAUGUACCGCGUGGCUGAUAAGCAGCAGCACGAUGACGACGCUGACAUGUACGCUCACCUACGACAUCAUCACCAGCAGCCCAUCGCCGUCGACGUCCAACCGGGAGAAAUCCAACGGCCGUCGGUGAUCGAACAGAGGCAUUUCAUCGAGUGCACGUAGGCCGCACAUUAUAGUGCGAAAUUUGAAAUCUUUAUACUUACCUAAAAUCUAAAAACAAAAAAGAAGACUACCACACCCCGUUUUUUCGACAUUAAUUGGAAAACGCCUCUUUUGACCUCCCACAAUUCUAUAUACUAUGACGUAAUUACGUUUAGUUAUUAACUUUAUAUAAGCUCAAAGAAGCCAAAUAUUUACUAUUUAUAUAUUUAUAUUAUAUUUUUAAUUGAAACACUUUCAACAAUUUCAAAGAAAAAAAAGCGAACUUAAUGUUAAAAAGUAUAAAACUGCUUUUGAGGUUUUUUAGCGGUCGACUUAUAGACUUAGCGAAAUGUACUGAUUGUUAAUUUGUAUAGACGUUUAGUUUUGUACUAUUAAAAAAAACAGAUUAUUAAAAUAAUGUUCCUAAUUUUUUUUCGAAUUUUUUUUCUUAAUUGUGUAGACUGUAAAAUGUAAUUUAAAAAAAAAACGAUUAAAUAAAAAAUUGUUAAAAAAAACCGUUAACUUGUAAAUGGAUAAUUAUUAUGCGCGUACAGAAAGUACAACAACUAUAUAUGUACAA